GUAUAUUGACGAGAACAAUUCUUUUGGUCACGCCGGCCUCGUUUUCUUACCCUUCAUCAUAUCGGGUCGAUAGCCAAGCAGGGGACACAUCACCAUGCCAUCGAACGAGAGUGUCAAGCGUAACCUGAAACUCAUCCAAGAUGAUCCGUCCAAAGUCCUGGGCUUGACUGUGGGCAAGAAGCACAUGCCAAAACCUGGAGACUACAUCCCUAGAGCUGACGCUCAAAGUGCUCCUUCAAUAUCAUACGCCGGACUGGACAGUUCAAGAUCCUACAUAGUCGUCUGUCUCGAUAUAGACGCACCAUUCCGAUCCUUUGACGUAUUGGGUCCUAUUCUUCACUGGAUACAACCUGGAUUCGCGGCAGCGCAGGGAUCAGCCGAACUCAACAGCACAGCACCGUUCGUUGUCGACUACAUCGGACCGGCACCACCACCAGGAGCUGCUCCUCAUCGGUAUUGCUUCUUUCUGUAUGAACAACCAGCUGGCUUCGAUGGGAAGCAGUAUGCUCCGCCAAAUGGUCAGAAAAUGUCCAAUUGGAGCAGGAUGAGAUGUAGCCUGGAUGCUUGGGAGAAGAAGCUUGGUCUUGGGGCGGUGGUGGCGGUCAACUACUUUACGAGCAAUUGA